UAAUUAUUAGACUAAAACAAAAGAAAAAAAAUCAAAUGUCAAAACUGUUACCACAAAUUGAGUAAGAAAUUACAAUGAGUUGUGGACGUGUUUUAAUAUAUGGAGGAAAGGGGGCAUUGGGUAGUAAAUGCGUUUCGCAUUUCAAAUCAAACGGCUGGUGGGUGGCUUCCGUUAGCACAAAAGAAAAUCCAGAAGCAGAUGUCAACAUUAUCGUUGAUAAAUGUGAAAGUCCAAUGUCACAAGAACAAAAAGUUUUGGAAGGAUUAAAGAAUGCCCUAGAUGGUGAAAAAUUCGAUUCGAUCUUUUGUGUGGCUGGAGGUUGGAUCGGAGGGAACGCAGAAAAAGAUUUAGUCAAAAACUGCGAACUUAUGUGGCAGCAAAGUGUCAAUCCAUCGUUAAUUUCUGCGAGUGUCGCAUCGAAAUUUUUAAAAGAAGAUGGAAUAUUGUCGCUAACAGGAGCAAAAGCUGCUCUAGAUUCCACGCCUGGUAUGUUGGCAUAUGGAAUUUCAAAAGCUGCAGUCCAGUUCAUGGCCAAGAGCCUUUCCAAUGAAAAGAGCGGACUCCCGAAGGGAGCUUUGAGUGUAGCUAUUCUACCAACAACUCUGGACACUCCUAUGAAUAGGAAAUGGAUGCCUGAUGCGGAUUUUUCAUGUUGGACGCCACUCGAAUUUGUCGCCGAACUAUUUUUGAAAUGGAGCAAUGGACAAGAGCGACCGAAGAAUGGAACCUUACUAAAACUGGAGAUGCUUCAUCAAAAUUCUCAAGAUAUUCUACCGCCAGGGACGUUAACGUCGGAAAGACGGUAAAGAAAAAGGAUUUCUGAUUUAAAUGAAGGUUAACAGGAUUCCACAAGAGAAUUUCUAAGAAACAGUAAAUUUUAUUCGCAUUCCUAAAAUUUAGUUUUUUA